AUGUUUCAUUUUCUAAGCUUGGAUUGCCUGAAAAAUAUUUGCGUGGAAUGCAGCGUGGAAACGCCGAUGAACGACAUAUCAUGGUAUCCGUAUUGCAAAAUUGUAGAGAACAAAUUUAUUUACGAUAUUUUGAAUAUAUUCUUGCAUGUUUUGCCUGCAUUUGUUAUCGAUAUUGUUUUAAAACUUCGUGGUAAGGAACCAAUAAUGAUGAAAAUUAACAAGUAUUUCAACAAGUUGCUUACUAUGUUAGAAUACUACACUUUUCACGAAUGGACUUUCCAUAGAGAUAAUGUUUAUAAAAUGGCGGAGGAUAUAAAGAUGUUGAAAGACAGUAAUAAAGUGAGAUUGGAUAUACGAGAUAUAAAUUGGAAGAAGUAUAUUGCAAAUUACCACAGCGGAAUUGUAAAAUUCAUUCUAAAAGAAAAACCUGAUCCUAUAAAAGCAGCACAGCGAUUAUCA